CUCUAAGCCCAUGACCCCUUCGACGACCUAUCACUAUUAGACUCAAAUUUCGACUCCAAUUCCACCGAAACUUCUGAGGGUCCGAAAUCAGUGAGCAAAGCACAGUGGCUCUUCUUCUUCGAACCCAGCAAGAGACCCUGUUUCUCUUCUUUACAAAACAAAAUGGAAAUGGCGAACAAAGUGGCGAGCACAGUUUUGAAAGCGACGAACAACAACACAGUGAUCAACACAUUUUUAGUGGGGUCGUUCGUAGCGCUUAGCGUGAGAUCGGUAAAUCAGCAGAGGGAGAUCGAAGCAAUGGAGGCGGAGAAGGAUUCGCUCACCAAAUCCAACAAGGCCAUGAAGAAGUCCAUGUGGGAUUGGAAGCAAAAGCUUUACGCCGAAGCCUCCACUGACUCUGCUCUCGUUCCGCUCGCUAGACUCAAAGCCAUCUAUGGCGAAGUCCCAGCUCCCAAAAUCAGCGAUUCACCGAAGGAAGAUGCAAAAUCAUCUGCCUCCAAAUUUGUAGUGUGAAGUCAUAUUUGCCGGUACGUGAAGAUACAAGCAUUUCAGGCACAUUGGAAUGCUGAUGGAAACUGUACUUGGGUUAUGAAAAGCCAGUCGGAUUUGUAUUGUUCCUCGUUUAAUUGGUGUGCAUACCAGAAAAUAUUAUAGAAACCAUGACUAGCUCCAAAUUUACCCAAAAUCUUGUUCUUUAAAAUCCAUUACUUGGGAGAACAGCAAAAUAAACAAGCAGCUGUGUUUUGUGUUUUUGUAAACCUUAUUUUAAUAUUUCAUUUCUUGAAAGACAACCAUUUUAAAAGAUGAAGGAUUAUUGAA